AUGGCUGAUUUAGCUUAUGAUUACCGCUGGAAAAUGCUGGUCCUUGGCGACUCGCAAGGAGGAAAGUCAAAUCUUGUGAGCCAAUUCGCCGAGGGUGUAUUCGACGCCAACUCGCAGCCCACGAUGGGCAUCAAACCAACUUACAAAUUCACGCAAUGCAACUCAAAGACAAUCAAGGCUGCCAUCUGGGACAUCGCUGGCCUGGAGAAAUACCGCUGGAACAUCAUGAAGAGCCCCCGUUAUCACGAAUCGGUCGGCGCGCUGGUCGUGUACGAUGUCACCAGUCGGGAGUCUUUUGAGAAUGCAGCGCGGUGGUUGGGUGAGGUCCGGGAUCAUGCUGAGCCCGAUACGGUCGCUAUGCUUGUGGGUAACAAGACCGAUUUGAAAAACAGGAGGGUGGUGAAGACGGAGGAGGGCAGAAAGUUUGCUCGUGAAAACAAGACGCUGUUUGUUGAAACUUCGGCUCUCGAUAAGAGCCAAGUUGAUCUUGCAUUUCAGAAAUUUCUGAAUGGUAUAUAUAAACAGAAAUGCACAGAUCAACAGCAGUAA